CCUCCCCAUCCCCAGCAUGUCGGCUCUGGAGUGGUAUGCGCACAAGUCCCUAGGCGACGGCAUCUUCUGGAUCCAGGAGCGCUUCUUCGAAUCUGGCAACCGCGCUAACAUCUGGCUAGUGCGCGGCACAGAGCAGGACGUGGUGAUCGACACCGGACUGGGGCUUCGAAGCCUGCCAGAGUAUCUAUACUCGGCCGGCCUCCUACAGGACCCGGACAAAGGGGAGGACUUGGUGCGGCGGCCGCUACUGGCCGUAGCCACUCAUGUCCACUUCGACCAUGCCGGUGGGCUCUACCAAUUUGACCAGGUAGCCGUGCACCGGGCGGAGGCGGACGCCCUGGCCCGAGGGGACAACUUUGAGACGGCGACCUGGCUGUCAGAGAGCGAGGUGGUGCGGGCUCCCAGCCCCGGCUGGAACGCCAGGCAGUUUCGAGUGCAAGCGGUGCAGCCCACCCACAUCCUGCAGGAGGGGGAUGUGAUCAGCCUUGGUGACAGACAGCUCACUGUAAUGCACAUGCCUGGUCACUCCAGGGGAAGCAUUUGCUUACUCGACAAAGAUCGGAAGAUUCUAUUCAGUGGAGAUGUUGUAUAUGAUGGAGCAAUGAUUGACUGGCUUCCAUACAGCCGAAUAAAUGAUUACAUUGUAACCUGUGAGCGCCUGAUAGAAUUGGUGGACAGUGGUGUGGUAGAGAAGGUGCUUCCUGGGCACUUCAACACUUUUGGAGCUGAAAGGCUUUAUCGCUUAGCUUCCAACUAUAUUUCGAAAGCUGGGUUGUGUCACAAAGUUUCAACCUGUGCUAUGAGAUCUCUUGCAAGUUUAGCACUGCGUGUAACCACUUCUAGGACCCCAUCCUAGUUUGUAUGUAUUGGUUUAUUAUGUGAUUGAUACUUUUAAAACCAAGCAGUUUUGUGGUUAAAAUAAUUGAUUGUGAUCAUUUCAAGAAGUGCUUUCUCAGUAUUGGGGGGGGGGGGAGAUUUGAGAAGGAAUAAGCCAAAAGAGGGAAAUUUAUUAUUUUAACUUAUUUUCUUUCCACCAAAUGAUUAUAAUAAGCCUCUGAAACAAGCUAAUAGCUUGCCAAAGUUGUUGCCUUUUAAAUGUUUGUGGGUUUUGUUUUGUUUUGUUUUUGGUCAUCAAAACUGUGGGAUAGUUGCAUGGGGAAGGCAUUUUGGAGAAAAGAAGAGUUAUCCAUACUUGCUUUUGGAAACUCUUGUUUUAUUAUGUGCAUUAAAGUAAUUUGGGGGGGGGUGUCCCAAUCCUGAAAUUUUCAGUAUUACAUUUAAAUUGAAAGAUGAAAUGUCUUCGGUUUAAAAUUCAUUUGAACUUAGUGAGAAACAUACAAUAUAGCCAUUCAUAUAAUACCUGAAACAUUUUACUACUGUAAGGACUGGAUUCAUGUGUGCCAUGAUUUAUUUAUUCUUUGUGUAAGUUAAUGAAAUAGUCACUGUCUAUUGUGUGUUUAUUUUAUUUAUUUAAAAAAUAGUAAAGUGCAUUUGGGUUUGAUGCAAAACUUUAUAAAAUAAAUGCUUCAAUAAAAAAGCUGAAAAGAUUGCUAUAGUUGAGAUACUGUAUUUUGCAAAUAGUGAAAUUUUAAAUGUGCAUAUUUAACUGCAAAUGUUUAGAUUUCUUGAAAGGACACUGUCAGGUAUCCUUAAAAUAUAUAUAUAUAUGUAACUUGAAAUGUUUUUCUUCCCUUCCUACUGGUCUUCAAGGAAAAGUAAAAAGAUAUCUCAGAGCAUUCUCUCUUUGGGCAACACUUCAUAUGUAAUCAACUUUGGGACACAUUUUAAAAAAUUGUUUAGUCUUAAAGCAAACAGGUAUUUUAUUUGGUCCUUUGUCCUAUGUUGCAUUAAAGGGCUUACCAAAUUAAUCUCAAAGUGUAAAUUAGAUAUUGAUCUUUUUCUGAUUCACAG